AUGGGUCUACUCGAUGUGUUUCAUAAAAAGACACCAGAAGAAUUAGCCAAAGAAUGGAAAUCAAAUUUGCGAGGCGAAGUUCGAAACAUGGACAGAAAUAUUCGGAAAAUUGAAAUGGAAGAAGUGAAAGCAAAGAAGAAUAUCAAGGAUUUACUUCGGAAAGGUCAAGAAGACGGAGCAAAAUUAUUGGCAAGAGAAUUAAUCAAGACUAGAAAAUCAAAAGUGCGAUUGCACAAAACAAAAGCCCAAAUUAAUUCCGUGAUAUUGCAACUUGAUCAACAAUUGCAACAGUUACGAGUGAUGGGAGCAUUGAAAAAAAGUACAGAAGUCAUGCAAGCAAUGAAUCAAAUGAUGAAACUACCAGAACUUAACGAGACCAUUCGAAAUAUGUCAAGAGAAAUGGAGAAGGCAGGACUCAUUGAAGAAAUGGUCGACGAUAUGAUGGACGAUGUUUUGGAAGAUGAGGAUGUUGAAGAAGCUGCCGACGAAGAAGUUAGCUCAGUAUUGGAUGAAGUGCUUGGUAAAAAAUUGAGAUCAACCAAAGUCGGAAAAACAGAAUUGGAAACUGAAGAGCCUGAAGAGGUUGUUGAAGAUGAAGAUGAUAUUGAACUCCAAAAACGGUUGUCGGCAUUGAAAAAUUAA